AUGACAUUUCAGUAUGUUACGCCUGCCCGAAAGCGCAAAAGGAACAAAGAAAACGAAGGUCCCAUCGAGUUCCAAUUCCAAAACUACACUCCUGCCUCUACCAGCUUCAAGAAACCGCGGGUUCCUCUCCAGGAGAUCACACCACAAGCAAAGGAGGCGGCGAAGGCGGAAUAUAUACGUCUACAGGAGGAAAUGAAGAAUGCUGGGGAGAAGAGGCUGCAGGAUCAGGUGGAGGAAGGCAUGGAAAGGUUGAAGGAAGCUGGAUUUAACUUGUUCUAUUCAUUUAUAAAAGGCGUUUUCUCAUCAAAGGAUCGCGCACGAAGCUCGGGGUAG